AUGCAUACUUGCAACAUGCUCUCAACGAUCUUUCGGGAUCCGCGAGAUCCUCCUGGAAGAUCUGGUAAGAAGGCCGCCCCGGCCCCUUUCCCUCAGGGGAAGGCUGGCUCCAAGAAGGCCCCCAAGAACCCGCUCAUCGAGAAGCGGCCCCGCAACUUCGGUAUCGGCCAGGCCAUCCAGCCCAAGCGCAACCUCUCGCGCAUGGUUAAGUGGCCCGAGUAUGUCCGCCUCCAGCGCCAGAAGAAGAUCCUCAACAUGCGCCUGAAGGUGCCGCCUGCGAUCGCCCAAUUCCAGCAGGUCCUCGACAAGAACACCGCCGCCCAGGCUUUCAAGCUCCUCAACAAGUACCGCCCUGAGACCAAGACGGACAAGAAGGAGCGUCUCCUCAAGGAGGCCACCGCCAUCAAGGAGGGCAAGAAGAAGGAGGACGUCAGCAAGAAGCCCUACGUCGUCAAGUACGGUCUCAACCACGUUGUCGGCCUGAUCGAGAACAAGAAGGCCUCGCUCGUCCUCAUUCCCAACGAUGUCGACCCCAUCGAGCUCGUCAUCUUCCUGCCCGCUCUCUGCCGCAAGAUGGGCAUCCCCUAUGCCAUCAUCAAGGGCAAGGCCAGACUCGGCACCGUCGUUCACAAGAAGACCGCCGCUGUCCUCGCCAUCACCGAGGUUCGCUCCGAGGACAAGAACGAGCUGUCCAAGCUCGUGUCCGCCAUCAAGGAGGGUUACGUCGAGAAGCACGAUGAGGCUCGCAAGAAGUGGGGUGGUGGCAUCAUGGGCUACAAGGCCCAGAAGCGCAUCGAGAAGCGCCAGAAGGCCAUCGAGACCGCCAUCAAGGUUUAA